AUGGAACACUCAACUCUGACAUACAAUCAUGAUCAGCAAGUCAAGGCAAUGAGCAUAACAGAUCUGAGGUAUUUGGCAGGACUGAAGAUGGCAGAUAGAAACAAGCAGAAAAUGGGAUAUGAUAUUAAUAGUCAAAACUUAAACAUACUGCUGGGAAAAGAUUUGAAGGAGCUGUUGAGAUGCGGAGCCAUCAAAAGGAAUCAGAUUGAACAACUCAAUGACUGCAAAGCCACACCUCUGGGAUUAUGGAGUUGUUGGCCCGGCCAAAUCAACAAUGGAUUGGGUGACCCAAAGAAAUCAGUACAUGACAAUGAAGGCUUGAGGAAACGGUAUGGUGGGAGGAUUUUUGACACUUUCCUGGUCAUGUGGAACCAUCAUGGUAUCUUACAAUCUGCAGACAUGAAAUCUUCACAAUUUGAUAUUCAACUACGCUAUACAAGGGGUAUGACUUAUCUUGAAGGGGCAGUCCCAGUCCCAGCCCAACCAGGCCUCUAUGACCCAAAGAGCCUGCGCCAGUGGGAGUUGAGGGCUGUCAAACCAAAGAUCUGA